AUGUCGAACAUCGUGAAGUUUUUCGUGGAGAAUUCUCCGAAAUAUGCCAUACGUAACUUUCCGAUUUAGUAUAUUUACGCUACCAAAGGCCUUUAUCGUUUUGGUGCGGAGACAGUUAAGCCAGCUGCCACAAAGUUUGUUCAGUACGCCCGUGUCGAAAUGCGGCCCCCAAACAAGAACGAAGUAACGUUAGCUGUUCAGGAAGGCAAAACUCUUGUGGCCUACCUAAAGUCUGGCGCCAUUCUCCAAAAGAAGAUUAAGGUUCGCGUUUUUGAUUUUGUUACUUAUUAAUAGGAUGUCGCCCUGGAUUCGAUUGUCGCGAUUGAGGUCCUUAUGUGGUUCUUCGUCGGCGAAAUCAUCGGCCGAAGGAGUCUUAUAGGAUACAAACACGUUAAAGGAGCUUAUAUUGUUGCCCACUAA